GGCUGGCGGCCCGCUAGGGCAUGAUGUCAACCCUCGAUAUCUGUUGAUUGUCUUUCAGUCCUUCCCUCGUAAAGCAUCGUACGCUCGAGUCUUCGUUGAACGUUAACCUUGGAACGAUGACAGAAAAAUCUGAACCUACACAUACUUCGCCAGUACUAGUUCGCCUGGCCACCACUCAUACCAGUUCUAGGACCACCUCUACCCAGUCCAGCUCCAGCUCCAGUUAUUCAAACACGACUGUCACAAGUUCCUCAAGCUCGUCCAAGAAAACCGAAGUGCUCAGCACUGGAGCGCGAGUUGGACUAGGAUUUGGGAUAGUGUUCUUCUUAUUAUUAUCCAUAGUUCUGUUUUACUACUUGAAGAGACUAUAUCAGAGGAUUCGGGAGAAAGCUGAUUAUAAACCUGCUUUUUCGGCAUCGGAAGGGGGAAACCCUCCACAUCCACAUCCAAAUUCCCAAUACCCAUCCUCAGCACCCGCUCGUCCUUCAUCGUACUAUUCUCCAAUAUAUUCAAUACCCUAUGAAACCUCGGCAAAUGCUACAAUGAUGGCCACUUCAAGUGUGCCAAGCGGCCGGUAGUUCAAGCAACUCUCAGCCUGGGCGCCAGCUACUGGCGUCUCAUGCAGAAAUACCUCGAUAUCAGAACGGACUCGAACAGAGGAAAUGGAAUCUUGAUGAGGCCCAAGAACCACACCACCCUCCGCCAAAAUAUUCUUUUUGAAUGUCUGCCACGCGCGAUAUAUAUCCAGCUGUACCCCACUUUGAAACUACUCCUUCACGUAUCCUGAUAAAAUGUUCAAAGCCUGGACUUUGAACAGCACAUGGAUUUGUAACGUU